UGUCAGUCUUAGGCUUCGUCCCGCCCACCGCGCCAACCCAUUGGGCGGGUGGAGCCGCCCCUCAGCGGGAGUGGUUAGGCAGGCUGUCGAUCUCCGCCCGUAGCCACGCCUGCUCCCCGUCUCCGCCGCGCGGCAGGCAGGUUAGGUUGCCAUCGUCAGCCGAGGUUUGUGUGAAGUGCCUGCGCCCCUCAGACAAGAUGAGCGAUCAGGAGCCCACCGCCGAGGACAUUACUUCUGGAAAGUCAGGAGGAGGAGGAGGCGGAUUCGUACAGAAGGGGCAGGACUCCCAGCCUUCUCCCUUGGCUUUGUUGGCAGCCACGUGUAGUAGAAUUGAGCCUCCUGAAAAUGGUGCGGGUCAGCAACAAGGUGCAACAGAACUGGAUUUGAGCACAGCCCAAUUAACACAGACAGCCAAUGGCUGGCAGAUCAUAUCUACAACUCCAUCCAAGGACCAAGCUGGAGAUGGCUCUUCAAAGAACCGUCCAAUAGCUCCUGGACAAUAUGUGGUAGCAGCUGCCCCAAAUAUGCAGAAUCAGCAGGUACUGGCCAGUCUUCAGGGUAUGAUGCCUAAUAUUCAGUACCAAGUUAUCCCCCAGUUCCAGACAAUGGAUGGGCAACAGCUGCAGUUCACCACCGCCCCUCAGGUCAGUGUCCAGCAAGACGCCUCUGGACAGCUGCAGAUCAUCCCAGCCAGCAAUCAGCAAAUAAUAACUACCAACCGCACCGGUUCAGGAAACAUACUGGCUGCAAUGCCCAACCUUCUUCAGCAAGCGGUCCCCAUUCAGGGGAUGGGUCUAGCCAACAAUGUCCUUUCAGGGCAGACCCAGUACUUGACCAAUGUUCCAGUUUCUCUUAAUGGCAAUAUCACCCUUCUCCCUGUGAAUGCAGCUUCUCUGACACCCACGUCUCAGUCAGUCACACUGAGCAGUGGCACUCAGGAUAACUCCCAGCCUGUUACUUCAUGUGUUAGCUCUUCACAGCUGGUCACCUCACAAGCCAAUGCUUAUUUUACAAAUGCCAAUAGUUUCUCCACCAGCACCACUGCCAGCGGUAUGAAUCUCUUGAACUGUAGCAGUGGAAGCAGCACCCCCGUCCAGAGGUCCAGCGGUCAGCUCACCUUGGUCACUGACUCUAUCCAGCAGACCAGUGCCAACAUGCAACAGGGCCAACAAAAAGAUGGUGACCAGUCUCAGCAGCAGCAGCAGCAACAACAGCAGCAAAUUCUCAUUCAACCACAGAUUGUUCAGGGUGGACAGACUAUCCAGACUUUACAAGCUGCACAGCUCUCUGGUCAAUCCUUCAGUGCACAAGCCAUCUCACAAGACGCCCUACAGAACCUUCAGUUCCAAACUCUGCCCAACACUGGCCCAAUCAUAAUCCGUACUCCUACAGUGGGUCCCAACGGGCAGGUUACUUGGCAAACUAUCCAACUUCAAAACCUACAGGUUCAAAAUCCUCAAACUCAGACAAUCACUCUUGCUCCCAUGCAAGGUGUAUCCCUGGGGCAGUCUGGCAAUGCUGGAACAGUGACCCUCAAUGCUGCUCAACUUUCAUCAAUGUCUGGCCUACAGACCAUUAACCUAGGUGCCUUAGGAGCCUCUGGAAUACAAGUACACCAGCUUCAGGGGGUUCCUCUGACCAUAACUAAUGCAUCUGGAGAUGGAAGUGGCCACCUAAGCAUUCAUACUGCUGGUGCUGAUGGGCUACACGAGGAUCAUUCUGCCAUGGAAGAGGGUGAAACAAGCCCAGAUCCUCAACCCCAACCUGGACGGAGAAUGCGCAGAGAGGCCUGUACUUGUCCUUACUGUAAAGACAGUGAGGGAAGGAGUUCAAGUGACCCAGGGAAGAAAAAGCAACAUAUCUGUCAUAUCCCAGGCUGUGGCAAAGUCUAUGGAAAGACAUCCCACCUGAGGGCUCAUUUACGUUGGCAUACAGGGGAAAGACCUUUUGUCUGCACCUGGGUAUUCUGCGGAAAACGAUUUACCCGGAGUGAUGAACUACAGAGGCACAAGCGUACCCACACUGGUGAGAAGAAAUUUGUGUGUCCGGAGUGUCCAAAGCGCUUCAUGAGAAGUGAUCAUUUGUCAAAGCACAUAAAGACACAUCAAAACAAGAAGAGCCAGGCCGGACCAAUAGCCCUGACUACAGUUCCAAUGGAAACAGGGACAGGCUCUGAUGGAAGUGCUGCCUCCACUCCCACCCCUCAGGCCCUCAUCACCACCAAUAUGGUAGCCAUGGAGGCAAUAUCGCCCGAAGGCAUUGCCCGUCUCGCCAGCAGCGGCAUAAACGUCAUGCAAGUGGCAGAUCUUCAGUCAAUCAAUAUCAGCGGCAAUGGCUUCUGAGGGGCCUUGUUUGGGCAGGACUGUAAAUAAUUGGUAAAAAUGUGUUUAGUUAUUGGAGUCUGGGCUGUAAAAGAAUGAUGGGUCCAAAAGUGUCGAACGUUUGUUGUGACUUGGAAGUUUGUGCCAACUUCUCCUCCCAGCUUUGAUGCGGGGAGACUCUCCCUCUGUAGCAAUUUUCAGUCCCCGUCCCCCCCUUCCAUUCUCAUUCGUUAACAAUAUAUUACAGAUCUCUACAGGGCUUCCUGUUUGGACGGAAGGUAACCAUGUAUGUGUUGAAAUGGGAAACGAACCUCCAGUUAUUAAACCUUGACCUGGUUGAGGCAGAGUGGAUUUGAGCUUUAACCCGCUUGAUAUAAAGGUUAAUGAUAGCCGCCUUCUGAAGGAGAGCCAGCAGCUAGCCACUGUAAAGCCUCUGACUCUGUUAGGGUGAAGGUGUUUGCCAGGACUUAUCUAUUCUUCCUUUUUUAUUAUAAAUAUAUAUAUAUAUAAUAAAUAUUUCUAUUUUCUUAUAUUUUCAGAAACAGAGGAGAACCUAAGGUACACCAGUAAACGUUGAACCUUUAUAAUUAUUGUCAAAGCAAUACAUUUUUAACAAGACACACACACAUA